AGACUCGCACAGGACAAAAUGAUCCCAACUCGUCUCACCGCACAAAUGGCCAUAAAUAUUCACAUAAAUACAAUUUCGAACAUAAAACUUUUUCAGGGAUGUGAGGAUCAAUUUCUUGUCGAAGUGAUGAUGAAACUGAAACAUCAAACGUUUUCACCUGGUGAUUUCAUCUUUCAAAAGGGCGAACAUUGUCGAGAGUUACUCAUUGUGAAACGUGGUCAACUGCAAGCCGAAAAUGAGUACGGGCAAAGUGUUUUUCUAAUAAACGAAGACUGCGCUUUUGGUGAACUUGAAUUAGUGGGACGACGAGCAUACAGGCACGAGCUAACUGUGAGAUCGAUAGGCUAUUCGGAUGUCUUCUUUCUGACGAAAGCAGAUCUAUGGAAACUGUUCGACGACUAUCCCAAUGAAAAAGCUCGCUUGUGUGCGAGAUCCGAGAAUUUACUCCGGAAGUCGACUCGUACGCAGACCAGAUGUGAUUUCGACGAAAUACAAGCUUCAAGUAUUGAUGAUAGACUGAAUGAAAUUCUGCAUGGAAUCGAAAUGCUCGAACGGAUCGUGAACGAUAACUUUGAAAAUUACAAGGUUCUGCCAGAUAUACCAGAGCAUUUCUUCUUCAGUGAUCGCAUGAAUCUUACCAAGUACGUUCGACGAAAUAAAACAACGUCUGACGCGACUGGAAAUGAUUCAUCGAAUCAAUCAACUGGAUCAGAGUCACCUUCCGGCAGAUUAUUGCUGAUCGAUUCAACAGCCGCACUAAAACGAGGAAGAUGCCGCGAAAUCCUCGAAAAAGAAUUAACCUACGCUGUCGUCAAAAAGUCGGUAGCAUUUUGUCUCGGCGGUUGUCGAGCUGGCACUAAAAUAACAAUAACAUGCAAAGACUUUUAUUACUUUGAAAAUAUCCAAUAUGCGUCUGCACAAACGUUGACGUGCUACCGAGGUCAGUGGGUGAAUCAACAACAAAUGGUAGAAGCACCGUCCAAUUGCUUGCCAGGAUGUUUAGCGCUGACCGAUUUUGAUAUGAGAAACGCCACCUACUUGGUUUCACCUCCGCGAUACACGUAUCAAAAUCACGUUUACUGGAGGUCAGGAUUUGCAUUCGAUUUUGCACCAUGGCGUGCAUUAGGUGAAGAUGAAUACAGAUGUAUUGGUGGAUUAAUUGGAUGGCAACGAAAAGUUCAGUCAUUGAUUCCAAUGGGAGGAAGUGACGGAAAACCGGGCAUUUGUAAACCGCUUUGUAAUGCGCUGGAUCCAUUGUGA